AUCUAGUGGUUCUAACUUCUAACCCUAAUUUACCUCUCACAGUAACUUUUCAUUUUUACAUCGAUGGCCGAAAACCACCAGCCACCGCUUCUCACCGUCGUUCUCACCGGCACUCUCUCCGAUCCUCACGAAAAUUCAAACACCAACUUACCACCACAAACCGCGCAAUCACCACUGGAACAACCACCACAUUCCGAAACUCUAGAUUUCUCAACAACACCUCAAUCGCCACUCGAUCAUCACGGCGUUCAAAUUCCACAAAAAUCGCACAAACAGGAACACACUCUCACGCUUCCGGAUGCAUUCACUCAACAAUCGCACCAAAAACACGGUCAAAACUCAGGUAUAACACUUAGUAACGACACCGAAACCCUAAUUUCACCGUCGAACCGCAAUCGUCGUCGUAACUUUUGGAAAAAAAGCGGGAAACGUAAAAGUUAUGGUAAUAGGUGGUUACUGGUGAAAAUACGUAACCUAACUGAGGUAUUUAGCCCUAUACCUUUUGUGCCGAAAGCAUUAAAUCUGAGUAAGCAUGAAGAUGUUUUGAAGCGGUUAAGAUUGUAUGAUUUUAGUAAAGUUGAGUUAGAUAGUAGUAUUAGAAAAGAUCUGCUUGUUCAGUUGAUAGUUAGUUAUGACCGUAAGAAGCGAUGCGGUUAUGUGAAUGGAAAGAGAAUUAAUGUGAAUCGGGCCGAUUUAGCUAGGGCUUUAGAGUUGCCAGUUAUUAAACAGGAUAAGGGAGGAAGUAAGGCGGAUGUGGAUUCGGAGGUGUUUUCGGUUGAGGAGAUAGGGUUUAUCGAGGAUUUUGUGUUUAAUUGGGUGCUUUUACAUGAGGAGUCGUGGAUUAUGCCGGUGGAGUUGGUGAAUUGGACUAGGUGUAUUAGGGAUGGGCAUCCUGAGAAGCUGGAUUCGGCUAGUUUGAUUUGGUAUAAGGUUGAGAAAGAGUUGACUCAAGGGGAGAAACUUGGUGACUGCUAUUAUGCGUCGCAUUUGCAGCGGUUGAUAAGGUCGCAACAUGGUGAGGUUUUUAUGGUAGAUGGUGGUGGUGGUGAUGAGGGUGAAGAAAAUGUGAAAGUGGAUGAAGAACACGAAAAGAAAGAUGAUUGUGAAGAGAAAGAUGAACAUGAAGAGAAAGAAGAACAAGAAGAGAAAGUAUUUGUGGUUCAAGAAGAAGAUGUUGAGUUGACUUUAGGGCUAGAUGUUGAGAAAAUAGUAAAUCAAGAUGUUCGAGAACAUGAUCAAACGAUGGUGGAUGCUGACGAAUGCAAGGAGGGGGUGGAAGUGGAGAUGGAGAAGAUGGAUGGACAGGUGAAUCUGAAGAACAACUUGGGUCAACAAACCUUGCAGCGCUGUCAAAGUAGUGACAUGAAUGAUUAUGAAGAAACUAAGGUUGAAAAAGUAGUAGAUGAGCAGAUUCAACAAGUGGAUGAGAUGGAGGAACAGGUGAAUUGGAAGAACGAUUUGGGUGAACGUAUCUUGCAGCCCUGUCAAAGUAGGGAUUUGAAUAGUUAUGAAGAAGUUAGGGUUGAAGAAGCUGUAGAUGAACAGGUUGAACAACUGGAGGAUGAAGAUGAUGAAGAAGAAGAAGAAGAAGAAGAAGGUGGCGGUGAUGAUGGUGAAGGGUUUGUUGAAGGUUUUAACUUGGAGGCGAAUGAUGAUUCGGUGGAUAGGGACGGAUUGACUGAUCAUAUUCCUUACAGUUCUCAUGGGAUUUCUGCCAUUAAUCUAUUUGGAUCAAGAGACGAUUCGUUUAUGUCUCACGGUGGUCCAUCUUUCUUUGAUAAUCGUGGGAAAAGAGUGAUGGAGCCUGAAGAAAAUAUGCACCAUCUUGAUGGGAACAGUAAAAGGUUGAAAGCUGAUGAAAUGUGGGAUGAUCAAGAACAAACUGAUUUUGAUUCUUGCAUGGUUCAAGCACAGCAGUGGAUGGAAAAAGCUAUGAUGAUUAUCAAUUCAUCAGAAGAAUUUUAUGCUAACUCUAAAUAUCAGCAAGAUUUAGCAAUGAAUGAGCUGCGAGAUCGUCAUCAGGCUAUGGAAAUGACUAUAAAAUCGAAGGAUGAAGAGUUGGUAAAAGUGAAUUAUGAGGUGUUUCGCCUUGAGCGUGAGCUUUAUCUGAUGGGGGAUCUUGUAACAGGGUAUAGAAAGGCUUUGAAUGAUACCCGGAUUAAAUUUUCUGAGUACAGAAAACGUGUUGCUCUUCAAGAAGAACCACUUUUUAAGGAUGCUGGCCCUGGCGGUGUGGUUUUGAGUACCCGAGAACUAGAGAAACAACGGUUAAAACAAAAAGAGACUCAGAAGCCUCGGGGUGAGCUGGAAUUAUCAACCGGGCCUGAAAAGAAUCAGAAGUCACUGGAUAAACAGGAAUCAUCACAAAAGCCUGUUGAGAAUCAGAAGUCUCAUGAUGAAGUUCCCGACAAUGAUGCAAGCAUGGAGGAAAAGGAGGCAGCGAAGAACAUUGAUGGAUUCGUGCGGCCCCGGUCUCUGUUGUGUAUGGAAGACGUAUAAUGCUUUUGUUUUGCCAUUAUUGGGGUGAAGAAUAUUGAUGAUUGUAGUAUUGUGCAUGAAAUAUGAUAGUUUUUAUUAGUAUACCCAGCUUUUGUCCCCACCCUUACUGGGAAGAUAGUUAAACAUAUUAUUUUAUGGUAGCAAGGUUUAUAUUAAUCUUAUCCUUAUGCAUAUUAUUGAUGUAGCCAUUGUCAACUAGUGCUAACUCUCAUGGUUGAUUU